CAUACCCGCAUGCACUCAAAGAGUUCAGACGUUCUAUUGAAUCGGUGUUGAAUGGUUGGAAAUAUACUGGACGUCUAUGGUAACGAUACUGUAUAGCAGUUUUAAUGUAGGAUAUUAUUCCCUCUAUUUUUUUUAACAGAAAACAACCAAACAUUACUAGUCUGCUAAGCGGCAGCGGGUCACGCUCAUACUGAACCCCAUCAUUUGAAUACGAACCAGUGGAAUUGUGAACGUCAUCUCCAUUCGAACCCCGAAUCUGGUUCACAUUAAAAUUAAAAAGUAUAAUAAAAUAGGCCUGUUUCUUGUCAAACAGAUUGAGUGUAAUAUUCCAAGAUGGUGAUCAUACGAGAAGCACGUGAUUGGCAAUGCAGACUACCAGUACUUGUAAUCGUUGGCUUCGUGUUAGCUGGCGGUAUUUCAUCAAUUUCUGCACAAUCAUCGGCACCAUCAAAAUUACCACGUCCCACAACUACCGAUAGUUCAACUUCAAUUUCCUCCCAGACAACACCUGUAACAGACACGAGUGACUUACAAGAUCUGAUUACAACAUCAACAACAGAGGUUGACUUCCUAACAGCCAUGAUAACCGACACUGAAGCUGGUACAACUGCCGCACAAGAUCAAACCACCCAGCCCACUACUUUGAAUCCAACAACUGAUAGGCCUGUAACGUCACAAACGACGAAUGGUGCGGUAACUAUAACCCCGACGGCGGAAGCAAACACAACAUUAGAAAAUACAACCAUGACUAAUGUAACUACUGCUGAUAAUGGUACUACUGCUGAUAAUGGUACUACUGCUGAUAAUGAUACUACUGCUGAUAAUAUACCAACAACUGUACCUAUCUCAUCUGAAACUACAACCAGAGAUACUCCUACGGCAGUGAACAAUGAGGUCACGACUAAUGGACUCGACACUAGCAAUACAGCUCCUACAAACAGGGAAACGACAAAUCCAAAAGCGUCCAUCACAGAAGCUGCAAGUCAUACAAGCGAAGUAACACAAACUUCUGCGCUUCCAGAAGGUACAAAGGCACAAAGUAAUUCGAACAAUACUCCUGGAGUGAAAGCCCAUCCUGCCGACACUUCUGGAAGUGGCUCAACCGGUGUUAUCGUCGGAGUUUGUUUCGCGCUCAUUUUUGCAGUAGUCGUUGUUGGUGCUUUCCUGUACAUCAGACGUCGACGAUUUGCAAACAACUACGGACGACUUGAAGAAGAUCGUGACGCAAGUUGGUCGGCUUUCUCCCGAAAUCCUAUCUACCGGACGGACGUAAGUUUUGACUAUCAGCAACUAUGAAACCUACAAUGAGAAGAAGACUUUCUUUCUGUUUUAUACGGUACAAGCGUAUCAAUCGUGGAGCAUUUCAACAUAGAAUUCUACAAUGUAGGCAUUUUGAUUAACGUCACCACCCGUUUCUACGCAAGAAUCGAUAUGUUUUGGUGAUGCAUAAUUUCCUUUACAUACAGCUUUUAGUGGAUGGAGUGCGAUGUACCGUAUGGGAUUUGAUUGUGAGGGCACAGCAAUGGGGGUGGUGGCUGACUACUAAAGCAUUAAACAUUGCAGAUAAUAUUUGUUUUUCCAUUUUCUUUAAUGGUAAAGUAUAAACUUAGGUGUCUUUCAGUGACAUGAACUUUAAAGUUGAAUUUACUGUUGACCUAUUGAUACCAUUGCUUUACUACGGUUUUUUUUAAACUUAUUAAAUGUGCGUUUGUCAAGCAUAAAGUAUAUAAAACAUAAUCAUAAUCAUAUUUAUUUUGUUUUUGGGACCUGGCGUUGUCUUUCCGGGCAAUCGUCGUUAAAAAUAAUCCACCUUCGUAGGCGACUUGUCGGCCGACGGUGUGUGGCGGGUUCCCUCCAUACCAGAAUCUAGUGUUUUGUUAAAGUCAUGUGAACGAAAUUGAGGACUACUAUUCAAAAGUCGUUAGUUUUCAAAAUUAGUUAACUUAUCGAAGAUAAAUAGGCCUAUAUUGAUAAUAUGGUGUUGGUAUUUUUCUAUAAAUAUGAUAGUAUAUGUUGUUUUGUAAAUGUUUGCUAAAUUCUGAAGAAAGAAACCUAUUUUUGUAGAAGGUAUGUGACUUAUGAGUGAAUUGAUUUCGACUUCAUAGGCGCAAACCUCCAUGAUUUGUCAGUUUAUGUAGUAGCUAAACCUUUAUAAACAUUUAGGCAAACGAUGUAAACGGUGGGAGAUAUAUAUGCCUAUGUCAUAACUACGUAGAAUUUUUUAAAAUAAUUAUAAUAGGCCUACUUAAAAACGUAUUUGCAUUAAGGUAUGCUUUGAGUUUGUUUAGAAUACUUUAGAAAUAAUACUAAGUGUAAAUUCGUCCAAUUUGUAUCGUACUAAUGUAGCCUAGUAAUAAACGUAACAUUAUGACGCAACAACCCUUGAUUCACGUACCAAUAUGCAUAAAAGAGGACUUAUAUGGAGGACAUUUUUCCUACUUCUUCCAUUUUAACGGGCAGUUAAAACCCGAACCAAUUUUUACUGUGAGGGGUGGCAGCAUUUCCUCAGUCCCCUUCUUUCUACGCCUAUAGAAUUACGUCUUUGAGUGGCGUGUACAGGCGUGUUUUUAGAGCUAUGCGGAAUAGAAUCAAUUGCAAUGCUGUUGAUAAAACAUUAUUACGUUGUUUUAACCACAAUAAAACAAGUUUACAUUGAAAUUGUUGGUCUUUUCGUGAGAUAUUUUUCUACGCAUAAAUGUUGGGGUAAAUUUAGUCAACGUCACAGUCUAUUGACUGCCAAACGAUUAAUUGCGGUCAAUGCAUAAUGUACGGUAACUUACUAAAAUAACAUUGAUCGUGAUCAAAGGAAUCGAUUUCUUUUUUGCAAUAAUAAUUUAAUUAGAAAUAGACUACUGAGACUUUUUUUAGAUUUAGAGCUAUGUAUUUAUAUAUAAAUUUGAAACUUAACGCAUAGCCUACUCUACAAAUUGAUAUUAGCAUGUGCAGUUACAAACAGUAUAAAGUGGAACACAGUCGAUUUUUUGAGCUAUUUAUGAUGGCUCAUUUAUAAGUUAUCGUAUUUGAAUGCAUCUUUGAAGCUUGAAUAAAUGUGUUGGUCAUGAGCGGUUAAAAA